GCAGACACGACACAUGUGUUGUAUGUUGAAAUGAACACGUCACACACACUCAGAGGGUCGCUUGAUGCACACCAGACAUGUUGGUAUAUAUAUCCUCUCUAUCUCCAUCUUUUUCUAUCCCUCUCUCUACUCUCCCUCUAUCUCUGUUCUGUCUCCCUCUCUUUCGCUCCCUCCCUCCUGUUCUGUCUCCCUCUCUCUCCAUUCCUCUCGUUCUGUCUAUCUCUCUCUCUCCAUUCCUCUCGUUCUGUCUAUCUCUCCCUCUCUUUCUCUCCCUCUGUCUCCCUCCCUCCCGUUCUGUCUCCCUCUCUCUCCAUUCCUCUCAUUCUGUCUCCCUCUCUUUUCCUCCCUCCCUCCCGUUCUGUCUCCCUCUCUCUCCAUUCCUCUCCCUCUGUCUAUCUCUUUCUCUCCCUCCCUCCCGUUCUGUCUCCCUCUCUCCAUUCCUUUCGUUCUGUCUCCCUCUCUUUUCCUCCCUCCCUCCCGUUCUGUCUCCCUCUCUCUCCAUUCCUCUCGUUCUGUCUAUCUCUCCCUCUCUUUCUCUCCCUCGUCUAUCUCUCUUUCUGUCUCUUGCUCUCUCUCUCUUUAUAUCUCUCUCUUUCUGCCUCUCUCUCUGUCUAAUCGUAUCAAGUCGCCUGAACCACUCGUGUCUCCAGGUUCAUCAAUCACAAAGUCACUAACUAUGACGAUGUUAUGUUACUCUGAGUAAAAGCAGCAUCAAUGGAGAACUGACCAUAACAGCCACGAUAUGUCUCUCUCUCCUCUCAUUCUGUGUCUCUCUCUCUCUCUAUCUCAGUAUGUUUCUCUGAGGAAAAGGUUUUAGUUUUAAUGAAACACUGCACACAUGAUCGGAAAGCCUUCACAAGUAGAAGAAAGAGGGCGUGGCCUAUUUAGAAGGCUUUAAACAUCUCUUCCUGAGUCACUAGACGGGUGCAGUGCAGGAGGACUCAUCAGUGUUUCUGCCCACUUGUUAGUUAUAUUAGGAGUUAAAUACAUCAACAUUUUCCCAUAAGGUGCCAUCAAAGCACGAAGAAGGAGAGGGUGCAACACGAUGUCAUCAAAUGAACUCCAGUCAAAUUGGUGGAGAACAAUCUAGAAAACGAGUUGUAAUUGUGACAUCUCAUAAGUUUAGAAUCUGUUCCACCUCGACCAAGCUUCAACUCUUUUUUGCAAUAAUUCAAUAUAACGAUAUCUAGUAACGAGUAACUCACUUACUAUUGGGCAUCUGCACACGGGUUGUAGGUUGUAAGUCCCAAACAAAAGCUCAGUUAUGCACUGUGAACACAAAACCCCGUUACUUUAUUUAUUUAUUCUUAAAAACUUUGUAUGUAUUAAUUUAAUUUUAAUUUAUUCAAAAAAACGUUGGAGAUGACAACAAUCCAAAAGUGACAAUCAAAAAAUGACAAUAAAAAAAAAUUUUUGAAAAAUUAAAACAAUUCAACGUUUCUUCCACCCACUGUGUUCACGGCAUCCAGCUCCACUGGUCCUCUACGCAUGUGCUGGUCAACAGAGUGCAGUCUGGACAGUGACUCAUCUUCUGUUUGGGCUCUGCACUCGAGCACAAAUAGCGACUUUAGGUCGUUAAUAUCCUUCCUGUAUGAAUUAUGGCCCGUGUUUAAUGUUGCAUGUUGUACUGUGGAGAAGGACUAUGCGUAUAAACUGUAUACAAACACAAAUCAAAGCUACAUCUAUGGUUUACGUUGUAUAUAGCACCAAAACAUUAGACAUUGUCUCAAUACACAUGAGUAUUUAUCAUACAGUAGAUACCUUUUCAUUGUGUCAUGAUAUUAAUUCUGUACACAUUUCUAUUUACUAACAACCUCUGCAUUUUAUCCUUCUUCUUCUUCUUCUCUCAUAUUUCUCUUCACCGCUCUCCAUCCCACUGUCCCUGUAUCCUGCCUAUCACCUCGUUCCUGCUCUCCCAUUGGUCCUCUUGCCUGUCUGUAUCCAUCCCUCCUGCUCAUCCAUGCGCUGUCCCGGUGUCUCUCAGCUCUGCUCCUCCCUCUGAGGAUGCGGCUACUCUUCUGUCUGAGGCAGACGAACUUCUUAACAAGUUUGUGUGCAAGAACAACGGGGUUCUGUUUGAGAACCAGCUGCUACAGAUCGGCAUCAAGUCCGAGUAUCGUCAGAACCUCGGGAGAAUGUACUUAUUCUACGGGAACAAGACGUCGGUGCAGUUCGCCAGCUUCACCACCACCGUCAGCUGUCCUGGGGAGCUGCAGUCUCAUAUCUUUUCUGGCCACUAUUGUUUUCGCCAGUUAUCAAUGAUGUUGGAGACUCCAUCUCUACGCUAACUGUGAGCUAGGGUUGCGUACUUCUGGCGCUGUCGGGGAUACAGGCCUUCCCCCAGAAUUCAGUCUCAGUUUCUCAAGUCACGUUAAGAUCCCUUUCUCCCAUUAACAAUCAAAUAAAGGUAAUUACAUGUAAACAUUUGCACAUAUUACCUUUAAAUAGAAGGAUCGAGCAUUCAAAAACACUAUAAAGAACAUGCUUCACAUAUUACUAUGACAGUGGUCGCUGUAGUCCAUCAUUGUGCUGUCUUGAUGCUCCUUGACAACUGGCCACAGCUCAACGUUCAGACCAAACCAGUAGAGCCACUGGUCGAGGGCGGAGCCCAGAUCCAACAAGUCCUCAACAUCGAGUGUAUUACGGACUUCUCCGAGGCGCCGCUGCUCAACAUCAAGUUCAGAUACGGUGGAGCGCUGCAGAACCUGAGCCUCAAGCUGCCGGUCACCAUCAACAAGUUCUUCCAGCCAACGGAGAUGACCUCACAUGACUUCUUCCAGCGCUGGAAACAGCUGAGCCAACCUCAACAAGAAGCCCAGAAGAUCUUCAAGGCGAACCACGGCAUGGACACUGAGGUCCUGAAGGCCAAGCUGCUGGGACUAGGCACGGCCCUGUUGGACGACGUGGAUCCAAACCCAGAGAACUACGUGUGUGCUGGAGUGAUCCAGACCAAAGGUCAGCAGGUGGGCUGCCUGCUGAGACUGGAGCCCAACGGACAGGCGCAGAUGUACCGUCUGACCCUGCGCUGCAGCAAGGACUCUGUGUCCCUGCGUCUCUGCGAGCUGCUGGCCCAACAGUUCUAGAGUAACCAGACCUUCCAUCGUAAACCAGUUCUCCCAGCAGCCCCACCAGCGACCUCUCCCUGGAGCCCCCCCCCCCCACCCUCACCCCCCCACAAAGAAUCUUUGAGGAUAAAAAAAAAGGUGUAACCGACAUAAGGGAAAAAGCAGCCACUAGCUAGCAGCAGCGGCAAUAUAAUGUUCAUUAUUCUCAUCUCUGAUUCCAUCUCAUCUUCUACUUGUUUAUUAACACGACGCGACAUUCUCGUUUCUGUUGUAAUUACCUGUGUAGCUGGUGUGUGUGUGUGUGUGUGCCAUCUGAAUUGGUUCCUUGAAGUCAAAUGAGUGAAGCGGUUUAGUGCACAUAUUAUCGCACGUGUGCAAUAAACCUAAACGCGCACACACACACACACACACACCCUCGUAUGGGGCCUCGCGGUUCUGGUGGGAUCCACUGAUGAAGUGAGGGUCCAGAACUCUGAACCGUGCUGCUCCUCCCACUCGUUUCCUCCAAGCAUUCCCUGUGAGGCCCUCCAGUGUGAUUCACCGUAUGAACUUGAACCCCCCCUCCCCCACUCCUGGAAGCCUCUUUAACGGGCCGUCCUUUUCAUUUCAAAGAAUUAGCUCACUCGUUUAUGUUAAUUGAUGUGUAUGUAAAUACGUGCCGGUGUAUUACUUUAUGGUUUUCUGAGACAUUCCCAUAACCGAGCCACUGGAGUAGAAGGAGUGAGUCUGUACACCUGGAGAUCCACCUGUAGGACUCAACUGUCUGGUAGUGAAACUCUGAACACAUGAAAUCCAUAACCCACAUAUAUAUAUAUAUAUGUGUAUAUAUAGAUACACAUGGGCCCAUUCCAUGUGACUGGACAGAAAACCCUCUCUUAUAUAUAUAUUAUUAUAUAUAUAUAUAUCACAUUCAUAUUCCUGCUUCUCCAGCCAAGCAUUUGUUCAAGAGACCAAUGCAAACAAAUAUGAUGUGUACACAACCACUACAGUAAAUGUUCUGGGGACUGUGUGUGUGCGCGUGGGUGUGUGAUUGUGAUUGUGAAUGUGUGUGAGCAGGUAAGAAAAAAGACAUUUCUAAUACAUGGUCACAUAUUGUGUGGCUGCACGGCAAUCGCAGGACAUUGAACUGUAGUGGAAAACGUAGUCAUUUUGUCUGUGCGUGCGUGUGUGCCUGUGUGUGUGUGUGUGUGUAUGCAGUAUCCACUAGCUAAUGCAGCCUUGUGUAUCGGUGUUAUGAACCUGUCCAAUACCUGUUAGAAUUUAAGAUUUACUCUAAUGAAAAAGAAAAUGUGAAAGUAAAACUAUGCCCUAUAUAUACGA